UUUUUCUUUAAAAAACGUGCUAUUCUGAUAUAAAGAAAAGUUCACGUAAGAUCAUGAAAUCUGAAAUGUUUUUCAAUCAUAACUCUUCUUAUUGAAUAGAUCUUGAGAAAAACAAAACUGUUUUGAAUUUCUAAUAGUUAGCUGGAUAAAUAUGGUUUUCAAAUCAACUCUAGAGGGAGUUCAUGGUAAUAAAAUCGUACCAAUACUUCUUCUUAUCUCGUUUCAGACCUUAAUAUUAAAAUGACGAAUAUGUACCAUAUUGUGAUAAAUGUUUUAAAAGAAUAAAAAAAAACCAAAAACAUGAAAAUAACAAGUUUUAUAAUUUUCCUUCUCCUUCCCUGCAUCAACUCAAGGAACAGAAAACAGGGAUUUAGAACCAACUCUGUUUAUGAUGAAUUCCCACCAAACAGGGUUGAGCUUAAGGGGGGUUCAAGUGUGAUGGCAUAUUUACUUCAUGAAACUGGACUAGGACGAGAACUGAAUUUAGGAGAGUAUACUGUGUUCUCACCUACAGAUGCAGCUUUUUUCACAUUUUUUGAAAAGCUGGGAGGCAUGAGUCAGGGAAUUGAGAAACUAAAGCAAAACCCUGAAGAGCUGGAGAGAAUUAUUAAAAACCAUAUUGUCAGAGGAAAGGUAAUUAAAGGUUUGUAA